GCCAUUUUCCUUAGCAACCGUGCUGCCGUUGAGGCCUACGGGGGGAAGAAGGGGGGGGGGGGGGGGGGGGGAAGGGAAGGAAGGGGUUAAAAGAAACAAAAGAAAGGGUAAAAAAAAAAAGGAAAGAAAAGGAAAAAAAAAAAAAGAGGGGGAAAUAAAGGACUUUUUGAGGGAAAAGAGAAAAAAAAAGAAAAGAAAAGGAGGAAUCGGGGCGGGUCGCUGUGAGGGGCCCCAUCCGGGGCUCCGUCAAUGCCGCGGUUGAAGCAGCGCCGGCCGCAGCCGCUCCGAUACGGCUCCCCCGGUGCCUCCCCAGCCCCCCGCCGCCCUCCCAAGGAGCCUUCCUCCUCCCCCUCCUCCUCCUCCUCCUCCUCCUCGGGGACCCCUCCAGCCAUGCCAUCAGAACCGGACCCCCCAUACCGCCGUCGCCCCACACCUCAAACCCCCCCAAAUUCGGGGGGCUGCCCCCUGGACAUCCCACUGUUGCUGGAAGAGCUGCGGGUGUUGCAACAGCGUCAGCUCCGCCAGAUGCAGCUGACCGAGGACAUCUGUCGCCAGGUCCUCCUCCUGGGGGCUCUGAGCACCCCAAAAUCCCGCGCCCCCCCGACCCCGCCUCCCCCCCCCCACAAAAAGCCCCAUUUCAUCACGGGGAAACCUUUUUUCCCUCUUUUCCCCCCCAAAAACCAACCUCACGCCGCCGCCUUCUUCUUAGCAACUCCCUACCGCGGGGUCGGGGUGACGCCGGUGGUCUCGGCCCACCCCCCAAAUUUAGGUGGGGGGGACGCGGGGGGGACACGUCACGAGUGUGGGUUUUGUGGGAAGGGGUUCGGGAGUGAGAGCGCCCGGCAGAUCCACCUGAGGUCCCACACAGGAGAACGGCCCUACGGCUGUAGUGUCUGCGGCAACCGGUUCACCACGCGUGGCAACCUGAAGGUUCACUACCACCGGCACCGACAGAAGGUCCCCCGCCUGGCCGUGAGCCCACAGCCCACCAACAGGGGCCAGUUGGCCUCCAGCAACACCCAGUUGGCCUCCAGCAACAACCAGCUGGCUUCCAGCAGCAUGGAACCACUUCUCAACACCCAGUUGGCCUCCAGCAACAACCAGUUGGCCUCCAGCAACACCCAGUUGGCCUCCAGCAACAACCAGCUGGCUUCCAGCAGCAUGGAACCACUUCUCAACACCCAGUUGGCCUCCAGCAACACCCAGUUGGCCUCCAGUAACACCCAGUUGGCCUCCAACAACAACCAGUUGGCUUCCAGCAGCAUGGAACCACUUCUCAACACCCAGUUGGCCUCCAGCAACACCCAGUUGGCCUCCAGCAACAACCAGUUGGCUUCCAACAGCAUGGAACCACUUGUCAACACCCAGUUGGCCUCCAGCAACAACCAGUUGGCCUCCAGCAACACCCAGUUGGCCUCCAGCAACAACCAGUUGGCUUCCAACAGCAUGGAACCACUUGUCAACACCCAGUUGGCCUCCAGCAACAACCAGCUGGCUUCCAGCAGCAUGGAACCACUUCUCAACACCCACGUGGCCUCCAGCAACACCCAGUUGGCCUCCAACAACAACCAGCUGGCUUCCAGCAGCAUGGAACCACUUCUCAACACCCAGUUGGCCUCCAGCAACACCCAGUUGGCCUCCAGCAACACCCAGUUGGCCUCCAGCAACAACCAGUUGGCCUCCAACAGCAUGGAACCACUUCUCAACAUCCAGUUGGCCUCCAGCAACACCCAGUUGGCCUCCAACAACAACCAGUUGGCUUCCAGCAGCAUGGAACCACUUAUCAACACCCAGCUGGCCUCCAGCAACACCCAGUUGGCCUCCAGCAACAACCAGUUGGCUUCCAACAGCAUGGAACCACUUGUCAACACCCAGUUGGCCUCCAGCAACAACCAGUUGGCCUCCAGCAACAACCAGUCGGCCUCCAACAGCGUGCAACAACUUGUCAACACCCAGCUGGCCUCCAGCGACACACAGUUGGCAUCCAACAACAACCAGCUGGCUUCCAACAGCAUGGAACCACUUGUCAACACCCAGUUGGCCUCCAGCAACAACCAUUUGGCCUCCAGCAACGCCCAGUUGGCCUCCAGUAACAACCAGUUGGCUUCCAACAGCAUGGAACCGCUUGUCAACACCCAGCUGGCCUCCAGCAACAACCAUUUGGCCUCCAGCAACACCCAGUUGGUCUCCAACAGUAUGCAACCACUCAUCAACACCCAACUGGCCUCCAGCAACAGUCACUUGGCCUCUAGCAGCAAUCAGUUGGCCUCCAACAACAACCAGCUGGCUUCCAAGGGCGUGCAACCUCUUGCCAACACCCAGUUGGCUUCCAGCAACACCCACCUGGCCUCCAACAACAUCAAAUUGUCCUCCAGCAACACCCAGUUGGCCGCCGGCAACGUGCAACCACUUGUCAACAUCCAGCUGGCCUCCAGCAACACGCAACUGGCCUCCAACAGCGUGCAACUGCUUGUCAACACCCAACUGGCCUCCAGCAACAACCAGCUGGCCUCUAAAAACAUUCAGUCGGCUUCCAGCAACACCCAACCACUCAGCAGCACUCAACCGACCUCCAGCAACACCCAAGCGAUGGCUAAAAACACCCAGCUGGCCUCCAACAACACCCAACUGAUGGCAAACAACACCCAAUCGACCUCCAACAACAACCAGCUAAUGGCCAACACCCAGUCGACCUCCAACAACACCCAUCUGAUGGCAAACAACAACCAACUGACAUCCAGCAACACCCAGCUGGCCUCCAACAACACCCAACUGAUGGCCAACAACACCCAAUCGACCUCCAACAACACCCAACUGAUGGCCAACAACACCCAAUCGACCUCCAACAACAACCAGCUGAUGGCCAACACCCAGUCGACCUCCAACAACACCCAACUGAUGGCAAACAACACCCAACUGACAUCCAGCAACACCCAGCUGGCCUCCAACAACACCCAACUGAUGGCCAACAACACCCAAUCGACCUCCAGCAACACCCAACUGAUGGCAAACAACACCCAAUUGAUCUCCAACAACACCCAACUGAUGGCCAACAACACCCAAUCGACCUCCAACAACAACCAGCUGAUGGCCAACAACACCCAAUCGACCUCCAGCAACACCCAACUGAUAGCAAACAACAACCCACUGACAUCCAGCAACACCCAGCUGGCCUCCAACAACACCCAACUGACAUCCAGCAACACCCAGCUGACCUCCAACAACACCCAACUGAUGGCCAACAACACCCAAUCGACCUCCAACAACACCCAACUGAUGGCCAACAACACCCAAUCGACCUCCAACAACAACCAGCUGAUGGCCAACAACACCCAAUCGACCUCCAACAACAACCAGCUGCUGGCCAACACCCGAAUGAACAACAACACCCAAGCACGGUCCGCCAACACUCAACUCAACUCCAACAACACCCCAGUGACGUCCAGCAACACCCAACCAAUCUCUGACACCCAACCCGUCCCCACCAACACCCUCCCCUCUACCAACACCCUCCCCUCUACCAACACCCUCCCCUCUACCAACACCCAACCGCCUCCCAGCAACACCCAACCAACGGGCAACACCCAGUCGGUGCCUGAAGCUCAGCCAAUGUCUGCCAACACCCAACUGAUCUCCAACACCCAACUGAUCUCCAACACCCAACCGAAGUCCCUGAACAGCCAACUGAUGUCUGCUGACACCCAACCAACGCCCGACACCCAGCUGAUGGCGGAUGACACCCAGUCUAUCUCCGACAACACCCAGCCAACCUCCAGCAACACCCAACUGUUGGCUAACAACACCCAAUCAGUCUCCAACACCCAACUGACAGCCGACAACACCCCACCCAUCUCCAACAACGCCCCGCCCAUCUCCAGCACCCAACUGAUGGCCACCAACACCCAACCAAAUUCCAGCAACACCCAGCUGAUCUCCAACACCCCACUGAUGGCCAACAACAUCCAACUGAUGGCCAACAACACCCAACAGAUCUCCAGCACCCAACUGAUCUCCAGCAACACCCAAAUGAUCUCCAACACCAGCCCACCCAUCUCUAACACCCAACUGAUGGCCAACAACACCCAACCCUCCUCCAACACCCAACUGACGACCACCAACACCCAGCUGACCUUCAACACCACCCCACCCAUCUCCAACACCCAACUGAUGGCCACCAACACCCAACUGACCUCCAACACCACCCCACGCAUCUCCAACACCCAACCGAUGGCCACCAACAACCAACUGACCUCCAACACCACCCCACCCCUCUCCAACACCCAACUGACGGCCAACAACACCCAACUGAUGGCCACCAACACCCAACUGACGGCCACCAACACCCAACUGACCUCCAACACCACCCCCCCCAUCUCCAACACCCAACUGACGGCCACCAACACCCAACUGAUGGCCACCAACACCCAGCUGACCUCCAGCACCACCCCCCCCAUCUCCAACACCCAACUGACGGCCACCAACACCCAACUGAUGGCCACCAACACCCAACUGACGGCCACCAACACCCCACCCAUCUCCAACACCCAACUGACGGCCAACAACACCCAACUGAUGGCCAACAACACCCAACUGACAGCCACCAACACCCAACUGACAGCCACCAACACCCAACUGACCUCCAGCAACACUCAACUGACCUCCAACACCCAACUGAUGGCCACCAACACCCAACUGACGACCACCAACACCCAACUGAUGGCCACCAACACCCAACUGAUGGCCACCAACACCCAACUGACCUCCAACACCACCCCACCCAUCUCCAACACCCAACUGAUGGCCACCAACACCCAACUGACAGCCACCAACACCCAACUGACCUCCAGCAACACUCAACUGACCUCCAACACCCAACUGAUGGCCACCAACACCCAACUGACGACCACCAACACCCAACUGAUGGCCACCAACACCCAACUGAUGGCCACCAACACCCAACUGACCUCCAACACCACCCCACCCAUCUCCAACACCCAACUGAUGGCCACCAACACCCAACUGACAGCCACCAACACCCAACUGACCUCCAGCAACACUCAACUGACCUCCAACACCCAACUGAUGGCCACCAACACCCAACUGACGACCACCAACACCCAACUGAUGGCCACCAACACCCAACUGAUGGCCACCAACACCCAACUGACCUCCAACACCACCCCACCCAUCUCCAACACCCAACUGAUGGCCACCAACACCCAACUGACGGCCACCAACACCCAACUGACCUCCAGCAACACUCAACUGACCUCCAACACCCAACUGAUGGCCACCAACACCCAACUGACGGCCACCAACACCCAACUGACCUCCAACACCACUCCCCCCAUCUCCAACACCCAACUGCUGACCACCACCAUACAACCUCUCCCCACCAACACCGUCCUCCUACUGAAGACAACCGACGUCCAACCGAGGCUGGGUGACGAAAACACCCCUCCAUCCCAAACCCCCAAACCCAGAACCACCGGUUGGGCAUUUUUGGGUGCUCCCCCCCAUUUUUGGGUCCCCCCCAUUUCGGAAACCACCAAACUCCCCCAAUUGGUGGCAAAAUACCCCCAACCAACAGGCGGAGGGACCCGAACCCAAUGCCCGGUGUGCCGCCGGGUGUUGAGCUGCCCACGGGGGUCACGGUCGUAUUUUGGGGGUCACAUCCCCUUCCGGUGUAGGGUCUGUGGGAGGGGGUUCUCCAGUCGGGGUCACCUGAGGGCUCAUUUUGGGGGUCACCGCGGGGUACCCCCGAAUUCCUGUAGCGUUGGCGAUGGCGUGGGGUCGCAACAACGCGUCCGGGGGUAUUUGGGGAGGGGGCCGCUGCCCCACGGAGAGGGGGAAGAGAGGAACGAGGAGGAGGAGGAGGAGGAUGGAGAGGAAGAAGCGGGCGAAGCGGACCCCCAAAUUGGGGGGGGACCCCCGAAGGAGGAAGAGGAGGAGGAGGGGAGGAAGGCGGAGAGGAGGGGACGCGCGGGGAGUCCCCCCAGGAACACAGGGAGGGGCACAGAGGACACGGAGCCCCCCCCCAAAAAACAGGGGAAGGGGGAGAAAUAAAGAGGAACCCUACAGACCCCGACGGGUAGCCUCAAACUGAGGGAUUUAAACCCAAAACUGAGGGGGAUUUACACCCAAAUUUGGGCGAUUACACCCAAAUUUCGGGGCGCUUCACCCCAAAACCCUCUCCUCCCCCCCCCCCCCC